AGUUUUUGUGAAACUCUGGAAAGUCCCCGAAUAUGUAAUGGAAUCUGACUCUAAUACACGUGAUGAAAUUAUAGUAUGUCCUAACUGGUUAGACUCCAGCUGUACCCCCAGCGCAUUAAUACUGAGCUGAAGCAUAAAUACUGCCCCACUUCAGAGGAAACGAGUGCAAUUCGGAACUGAAAAAUUAGCAACGUUAGAACAGUCAUCGCAAGGCUGGGUUGGAACCUAAUUCUCAGCACUCGUUCUCAAUCAGGCAUUGUGCUGGUUUGCUUGUUUUCCUGUAUGUAGAAACUAGGUUUUUAAAUAGAUUUUCCUUAAAGCUGUUCUUUAUUGAUAGUGUCUCUCCCACACCCGUGUUAUUCUACUGACGGAUGCAAGUAAUUUUACUCAAAGCAGGUGAGCAAUAACAAUAACAGCCAUAUCUGAACACCACUGAAGACUCUUGAAGAAUGGGCAACAGGCUGAGUACCAGGACACAUAGGAAGGACAUAUCCAAUUGUCUUCGACACAUUUUGCAUUGCAUAUGCCCUUGCAUAUUUUUAAACACAGAGAAGGAAGAUCCACAAGGUGGCGUCCCACAAGGUGAUGGAGUCCACAUCCCUCUGAAGUCACCAGAACUGAAACCGAAUAUCAAGGAACUUAUUAAAGUAGAAAAAUACUCUGAAGCCUACGAACACCUCAUCGAGUUAGAAUCAAGGUGUUACAGUUCUGAUGCCAAAGAGAAGGAUGAAGAUAAACUUAAAAUGCAGCAGGAAGUUGAAUCUUUGUACGAACUGCUUGACUCUGCAAUUACCACAGUGUUAAAAAAAUCCAUGAGCAUUUCCCAGGAAAAGCCUGACCUCCUGAAAAUGGUAAUUCAAGUCAGAAACCAGGAGGAGAAAAUGGAUCAGAUCUACGUACAGAAAGACGUAGGAAAAUCUGGAAGAAAUCCACGAGGGUGGAAAAGCAAAUGGCUGGAGAUCCUACAAGAGUCUGUGGAUGAAAGAAUAGGUGAAAUACCCAAUGCUUCUAAAGCCAGCAGCUAUUUAGAACAGCUUCUCAAACAGCUCAAGGAGGAUGUGGACAUUAUUAUGAAACACGUCAAACCAUGUUAUUCCAAAGAAUAUAAUGUUUGCAAAAUAUAUGCAGACUGCUAUCAAAAAACUAUUUCUUCCCAGUUCAAAUUAAUCAUAGAGAAUAGAGUAACAGAGAACGAUGCUUAUGUACUUCUGAGGUGGAUUUAUGGUCACUACCCAGGACUGAUGAGCCUUCUGACUGAAACUAAUGAUGAAGAUCAGAAACUCUGGAACAAUGACCUCUUGCCACAAGAGAAAAUCAAUAAAUUGGAAACCGAAUAUAUUUCAACUGUCAAGGCAAAUUGUAAAAUAUAUAUGAAGAAAAGCCUCCAGGGGGAAGAGAUGACCUGUACAAGUAAAGAUGAGUGUUUGGUGCUUAAUGAUCGUUACCACAGUGAUCUGCUUAUUGAUAUAAUCCAGAAAAUCAAUGGAGUAGCUGAUGAAGCCUCAAAGGUGACUCACAAGCUUGGUGUCCAAGUAAUGUGUACAAUGCUGGAUGAAUUUAUAUGCUUCUUAGAAAGUUUCAGGGUAUCAGUGAAACGCUUUGAAAUUAAAUAUUGGAAGAAACAGAAUUUGUCAAACAAUUUCAUCUGCACUACAAUAACCAUUGUUAACAGCUGUGAACGUUUCAGAGUUUACCUCGAUAAAGACGACAAGAUCAAGAGUGGGUCUGUGAAACAGAAUGCCCUGAAAAUUCUGAAUGAUAUUGAGAAGAAAAUGAAGAUGUUUUUGUCAAUGUCACUAUUUGUUAAAAUAAAGGAGGACUGCAAAAUGCUGGUGACAUCACAGUGGUUCAAGUCUCAAAGCCCUAUGAAGAACAUCCUUAAAAUAACAGAAGAGCAUCUGAAAACAUUACAGAAAAUGGAAGGAUCACAUUUACAGGAUGUGUUGGAACAAAUCCAUCACCAGCUCAUUACAGAAUAUGUUUUGAGAUUGAUGAAGAAGAAAUUAAAGGUCAAAACAGAUGAGCAGAAAGAGCUGGCAGACAAAAUGAAGAGCGAUGCUGAGCAGCUGCAGAAGCUUUUUAUGAAAUAUGGGUUCCAAGCUGUGUGGUUAGAUACUGCUCUCCCAAGUAUAGCUGAAAUCAUCAGGCUCCAAGAUGUCAAUGCAAUCAAGGUGGAAAUCCGUGUACUUUUUAACAACUUCCCAGAUAUCAAAAAAUGCCAUGUUAAAGAUAUCUUACACAUCAAAAAGCUGAAGGAUAAAGAUAUAAAAAAUAUUUGGCAAAUUCUUCACAUAACCGGGAACGACAGCAAAGAUUCUUCUACAGCAAAGAAACUGUUUACAAAAUCUACAAUUUUGAAGGAUGUUUAAGAAUGCAUUGUGUGGUGUACACAUGUGAGUUUUCUAAGUCUUUAAUACCUGUUAGUGGAAGAUCUAGCUCCAAAAUAAUUUGAAUAUAUAUUUUUGAAUACAUUGAAUUGAUAUGCUUUUUAGGAAAUAUAUACAUACAUUGCAACCCUUAUUUUCAAUAUGUUUUCAUCACCAACUUAGAUUCCUAAAAAUAGCGAGCGCCAAUUAUUCUUUUUUAAAAAAGUCACAAAUGGAUUGAGUUCUGUUUCACAACUGCUGUUGGGUUAAACUUUUUUUUUGCUGCACAGAAACAUUGCUUUAUGGAAUCACUAACAACAAAUGCAAUAUAGAAUAUAUUUGGGCCUAACCAUUUUAUUCUGCUGUAGCUAGGGGUGAGAUGGGAUGGAUAAUACCUGUCUCAAGACCCUCCUCUUCGACCGUGCCUUCGACCACUCUCCUACCCCUAUCCCAACCAUCAGCCCAGGUGCGGAUCCCUGACUGUCCAGCGUCUUGCGACGUCCUCCUGAUGUGAAAGGCGUUAUGCAAAUGUAAUUUGUUGUUGUAGAAAAGAAUGAGCCAAAUGUCCUCCACUCAUACAAUCAUUUCUAAAGGGAAUCUGACCUUUGCAGAUCCUGAUUGGCAGAGAUCUUUGCUGUCACACAAAGCCCACUCUAAAUAUACAUUCAUAUAUCUUUUUAACCAUCGCACAGAGUAAUAAAUGGAUAUAAAAGCCACAGAUAGUAAUGUGAAUUUAUAUUUUAUAAAGCUUAUGGGUAACUUGCUUAUAUAAUACAAUGAUUUUUUAUGCACAAAUGUAGAAUGCUCUAAUGUCUAUUUCUAAUAAACCUUAUUUUGAUAA